UGUAGUCAGUCUACAAAGAAACAGUGAAGUAAACACAACAAAACAAGCGAAAGAAAGGAGGAGAAGUUUUAACGAGUGACAGCAAAACACAAGUUUAAAAGUACAAUACGAGAACAAAACGUGAAUAAUUGAUCGAAUUUGUUAUUAUUAAAAGUGAGAAAAAGUGAAAAAUCAAGUAAAAAAUGCCUGCAGUAGGAAUUGAUUUGGGAACAACUUAUUCGUGUGUUGGAAUGUUUCAACAUGGAAAAGUGGAAAUUAUUGCGAACGAUCAAGGCAACAGAACAACACCAAGCUAUGUAGCGUUCACCGACAACGAACGUUUGAUUGGCGAUGCGGCCAAAAACCAAGUCGCCAUGAACCCGAGAAAUACCAUCUUCGACGCUAAACGAUUGAUUGGCCGUAAAUUUGACGAUCCAAAAAUCCAAGAGGACAUGAAACAUUGGCCGUUUACGGUGCUCAGUGAAAAUGGCAAACCGAAAAUUGUGGCCGAAUUCAAGGGAGAACGUAAACGCUUCGCACCAGAGGAAGUCAGCUCGAUGGUUUUGACAAAGAUGAAGGAGACAGCCGAAGCGUAUUUGGGCGAAUCGGUCACAGAAGCAGUCAUCACAGUGCCAGCAUAUUUCAAUAAUGCACAACGUGAGGCCACGAAAGACGCUGGUGUAAUUGCCGGGCUCAACGUACUUCGUAUCAUCAACGAACCAACAGCGGCCGCCUUGGCCUACGGAUUAGAUAAGAAUUUGAAGAGCGAAAAGAACGUGCUCAUUUUCGAUUUGGGCGGUGGUACUUUUGAUGUAUCAGUUCUGACCAUCGACGAGGGCUCGCUGUUCGAAGUACGUUCAACGGCCGGCGACACACAUUUGGGAGGCGAAGACUUUGAUAACCGAUUGGUAACACAUUUCGCCGAGGAGUUUAAACGCAAGUACAAAAAGGACAUGGCAACAAAUCCACGGGCAUUGCGACGCUUAAGAACGGCCGCCGAACGAGCCAAGCGAACACUCUCGGCGAGCACAGAAGCUACCAUUGAAAUCGACUCAUUAUUUGAGGGUUUCGACUUCUAUACGAAAAUAUCUCGAGCUCGUUUCGAGGAAUUGUGCGGCGAUUUGUUCCAAGCCACAUUACAACCAGUGGAAAAGGCACUGGCCGAUGCCAAAAUGGACAAAUCAAAAAUUGAUGAGAUCGUUUUAGUCGGUGGAUCAACGCGUAUUCCAAAGGUUCAAUCGCUUUUGCAGAACUUCUUCAACGUAAAACAAUUGAACUUGUCAAUCAACCCAGACGAGGCGGUUGCAUACGGUGCAGCAGUACAAGCAGCUAUUUUGACCGGUAACAAAGACAGCAAGAUCCAAGAUGUGCUUUUGGUCGACGUGACACCACUCUCAUUGGGCAUUGAAACGGCCGGUGGAGUAAUGACGAAGAUAAUCGAACGAAACGCUCGCAUUCCAUGCAAACAAACACAAACGUUCACCACAUACGCCGACAAUCAACCGGGCGUUUCGAUUCAAGUGUUCGAGGGUGAGCGGGCCAUGACCAAGGACAACAAUGUGCUGGGAAAAUUCGAAUUGAGCGGCAUCCCACCAGCACCGCGUGGCAUUCCAAAAAUUGAGGUCACAUUCGAUUUGGACGCAAACGGUAUUCUGAAUGUAACAGCGAAAGAAAUGAGUACCGGCAACUCGAAGAACAUCACCAUCAAAAAUGACAAGGGUCGCCUAUCGCAAUCCGAAAUCGAUCGAAUGUUGGCCGAAGCCGAGCGCUACCGAGACGAGGAUGAGAAACAACGCGAGAAGAUUACAGCCCGAAACAGCCUCGAGGGCUAUGUAUUCAGUGUGAAACAGGCAAUCGAUCAAGCCGGUAACAAACUGUCGGAAGAAGAGAAAUCGAAGGCUCGCAACUGCUGUGGAGAAACAAUCAGAUGGCUAGAUAGCAAUGGAUUGGCCGAUAAAGAGGAAUUCGAACACAAGAUGCAAGAAGUUAGUCAGAUCUGCUCACCAAUAAUGACCAAAAUCCACACUGGUGGAGCAGACACCGGGGCAAGUAAUUGUGGCCAACAAGCCGGAAACAACUUCAACAGCUACCGAGGGCCAACCGCCACCGUUGAAGAAGUCGAUUGAAUUCAUCGUGGAGAUGCCAUCAUACCAAAUAGUCAAUACUCGUACAAUAAGAGAGCCUGUUAACUAGUUUUCAGGAUGAUAAUAGAAAUUAAGAUCUCAACCCAGAAUAAAAUCUAAAUGUAUAUAUAAAUUUAGAAAUAAAGUUGAAACAACUGAAAUGAAAAGAUAAAAAAAAUACAAAGUGUUUUUAUUGUGAAGAAUUCUAGAGUCAGUUCAAAGCUGGAACUUCAAACUGUUUAACGCUUACAACUUGUCUUCAAUUAGAGCAAAAAUAUUAAACUAAUUAACUUUGAUUGAGUGUUGGUCUUUCGAAUAGCUUCCAUUUCUUUUACAUCAUUUAUUUUAAUAUAGCUAGUUCAUUAUCAUUGAAAAAAUUUGAGGGCUAUUGUGCCUUGAUAAUUCCUCUAUAAGUAUAGUGUGCGCUUUCAAAGAACAAAUUUCAUCAAUUACUCAAAAAGGGAAAGAGUCACAGAUAAGUGUUUCACGUUUCUUAAUUUCUAAAAGCAGAAUUUUUUCCAAUUAUAUAUAGUUAUACUUAUUCAUCAACUCGCUGAUAACAUUUCAAGCGACAUCGCUGGUUGCGUCUGGUUUCAAUUUUCUAUGUUCAAAAAAAGCACCUGCACCAUAUCCGCACGCAGCUACGAUUCCACAUACCUACAAGCCAAAAAUAAAAUCAAUUUAAAAAAAAUCUAAUUUCAAUCGAUGAUAUUGUUGUCAUACCCAUACUACAACUAAUUUCGGACUGUAAGCUAUAAGUAACAAUGCAGAUAACAGAAGGAACAAAAUCGAUGUUACUACAGAAUAGGUAAUUUCAAAUAUCGGCCAUAAACUAUGAUAUAUGCAAUUGAAUUCUAUCACAUGGGAUAGUACCAGUAACGAGGUGACUAUGAACGCAGCAAUUGUCGCACAGAAGAAAUAUACCACUGCGCCUGACAUUUCCUUUGAUUCCACUUGUAUGUAAAUAUUGCUAAUCAGUUCACACAUCUAGUAUAAGGACAAAAUACAAACUUAUGCGUAUUUAUUUAUUUCAAUUUGUUGAUUCAUUCAUUAAACAUUUGCGACAUACCAAACAAACGAUUUGAAUUAGGCCCGGAAUCGUAAGCAAAUAUUCGAAAUUCCAUGGCCUUGAAUCUAUUACUGUUGUGGUUGAUUGAUAAGGAUUCAUCUGUACCAAAUUUGAAUGUGACAUUUCGAUUGCUGCAAUUUUUUACACCACGAUUUGUAAAUAAAUAAAUUUUGCACACCUAGAUUAAAUAUGGAAAAUAAAAAAAAACAAAA